CCAAUUCUGUUCAUUUUGCACACAGUUUUGAGGGCUCGCAUAUUUUUCCCCAGAUUCAUCAAUGUUUUGUGGAAUCAGAAUCAUUUAAAGCAAAAACAAUAUGAUGUCAUCUCAAGAAUUUGGUUGAACCUGAACUCAUCGAUUAAACGACCAUUGAGAAGUAAAAAAUCGUUUCAAAUCAACAAUGAUGCCGAAUGGUGUCGCCAAUGCUACAGCUGACGUUUAUACAGCUUCUAACGCCAAGACAAAUAAAUCCACAAUAAAUCAAUGUACUAUGGAAUGCCAAACUCUCAAAAAUAACGUAGACUACGCAAAAGGAAUCGAGGAACUUGUUUUUGUGUCACAUGGGCAUUCAGUGGACAACACGACUAGUAUUAAUGCUAGCCAUGAAAAACCUUUAUCCGAAGGACAAGAUAACUUGGGUUAUAUCGAUGAUACUUCAAAUGGUGAUAUUUCACAAAGUACUGAAAGGUAUGGAUCCAAUUCCGUAAUCUUGUCAGAGGAAGCUCAAGUGAAUAUAGAAGUCGGAACUAGUAAAGUACCGGAUAUUGGAAGGGGUUUGACGGUCAUAGUAACAAUCUGCAACUGUAUACUAAUCGCUAUGGCUACUGGUUAUGUAUUUGCAUUAGGAGUCCUGUUGGUUGGCAUUAUAGAUGAAUUCCAAGCCACUAGAACAGAAGCUUCGCCUAUUUUAUCGGUUUUUGGUGCAAUUAUUUUUGGAGGAGGAGGUGUGAUUGGACCUUUGAUGAACAGAUUUAAUGGAGGGACCUUAUGUGUUAUCGGUUCUGUAUUAGCAUCUAUUGGUUUAAUCAUCACUUUUUUCGCACCCUCACUAUAUGUUCUCGUAUUUAGCAUCGGCGUAAUGGCAGGCGCGGGGCUAGCUGUUCCAUUGAUUCUAGCAUUCACAACAACAGGGGAUCUAUAUGAUAAACAUAAGGACACUAUGGUAACCGUUGUCAGCAUCUGUCCAGCUGUAGGAGCUCUAAUCUUCCCCUAUAUGACCUCCAAGCUUGUAGAUAUAUACGACUGGAGGGGCGUGAUGCUUAUUUACGGGGCUUUGGUACUAAACUUUGUUCCUAUCGGAUAUAUCAAUGCUAUUGUUAAACGCAGAAUGAACGGAACACUUGGGCCGAGUGUAAAGACGAAUUGGAAGGACAUACUGGAUUGCACUAUUUUCAAAAAUCCUCUGUACCUUGUUAUUGUAUACUGUGUGCUCUUUGUUAAUACCCUCUUGCCAAUUUUGAAUCUUUUCUUUGUUGAUAUGAUGAGGGGGAAGGGUUUUGAUGUAGAUACCGGGUCCUUUAUGUUGUCUGUUAACGGUUUUGCCAAUAUGGCAGGGCGAAUACUUAUAACGUUUCUAACACCCUUUUUAAAAUGCGCACGAGUGGGUCAAUGGUGCGUGUACUUGGCCCUGGUGGGAUUGCUUUUAUGCCUGUAUGUCUUUGUUUCUACCCAUACACAAUUAUUAGUCGUUAGUAUCAUGUAUGGUUUAUUCUGGGGGAUGGCCAUAGUUUCGUAUCCCGCCAUGUUAUUAGAGCUGUCAGGACCAAAGAGAUACACAACGGCCAUGGGAUAUUGUAAUCUGAUUGGCGGGGCGGGUGGACUGAUAGGCGGUCCAGUUGCAGGUCUCAUAAAAGAUAUAACGGGAAAUUAUGAUUUGUUAUUUUUUGGGGGAGCAUGUGUUGCUGGAGCAGGUAGUUUCAUGCUGGGUUUUAUGUAUAUAAAGAUACAUUGCCUGUCAAAAGACUAGAAGACAGUCCAUAACACAGCCUGUCCGGACGAAUUCACCUGCACACAAUCAUAAAGUGGCGGAAUUCCUUUUGAUUUUAAAUUUGAAAAAGAGUCGAUUUGUUGAUUUAAUUAAACGUUAUGUGUCACUU